AUGGCGACGGGCGGCCGCGGGCCUGUGGUGGCGAUGGCCGCUGGGUCCACCCUGUCGGCUGCGAGUGUGACUCUCUUCCUCUUGCUGGUGCUCCCUCGCGUCUCACAAGCUCAGACCUUCUUUCUUCCUUUCCGGCAGCCGGAGACGUGCGGCCACAACCAAUACUUCGAUAUCUCGGCGCUCUCCUGUGUGGCGUGUGGUGCCAAUCAGAGGCAGGAUGCCCGAGGAACUUCCUGUGUGUGUCUACCAGGAUUUCAGAUGAUCUCUAAUAAUGGAGGACCUGAUAUUAUUUGUAAAAAGUGCCCAGAACACAUGAAAGGUGUUACUGAAGAUGGCUGGAACUGUAUUUCUUGCCCUGGUGGUUUAACUGCAGAAGGAAAAUGCCACUGUCCCACUGGCCAUAUUUUAGUGGAAAGAAAUGUUAAUGGAACAUUGUUGUCUCAAGCAACUUGUGAGCUCUGUGAUAAAAGUGAAAACUCUUUUACGGUAGCAAAUGCUUUAGGAAACAGGUGUGUCCGAUGUGAACCAACAUUCAUUAAUACCAACAGGUCCUGUGCAUGUUCAGAACCUAACAUUUUAACAGGGGGAUUAUGUUUCAGCAGCACAGGGAAUUUUCCUCUACGUAUGAUUUCAACUGCACGUUAUGGAGAGCUUGGCGUAUCUUUCACUUCAGAAUGGUUUGCAAAGUAUUUGCAGUCAUCAGCAGCUGCUUGUUGGGUGUAUGGCAAUCUAACAUCUUGCCAAGCUCUUGGAAAUAUGUGUGUAAUGAACAUGAAUUCUUAUGACUCCUCUACUUUUGAUGCAUGUGGAUUUUUUCAGGUUAUCUUUGAAAAUACUGCUGCACUGGGCACUGUUCAUUCUGUUUCCUUUUGGAGACAGAAUCUUCCAUGGCUGUUCUAUGGAGACCAGCUAGGAUUAGCACCUCAAAUACUUAGUACUACACCUCUUCCUACAAAUUUCAGUUUUAAAGGGGAAAACCAGAAUACAAAACUGAAGUUUGUUGCUGCUUCCUAUGAUGUGAGAGGAAAUUUUCUCAAGUGGCAAACUUUAGAAGGAGGAGUUUUACAGCUUUGUCCAGACACAGAGACAAGACUAAAUGCUGCUUUUUCUUUUGGAACAACCUAUCAACAAAGUUGUGAGAUUCCUAUCCCUAAGAUCUUAACUGACUUUCCUAAUCCUACAUUUUAUGAUGUGUACCUUGAAUAUACUGAUGAGAAUCAGCACCAAUAUAUCUGGGCUGUGCCUGUGUUAAACUUAAAUCUUCAGCACAAGAAAAUGUUUGUGAACCAAGACAGUAGUUCGGGCAAGUGGCUUCUGACUCGGCGCAUUUUCCUAGUGGAUGCACUAAGUGGACGGGAAAAUGACUUAGGAAGCCAGCCAAGGUUAAUUAGAGUCGCUACCCAAAUAUCACUGAGCAUCCACCUUGUACCCAACACAAAAAAUGGAAACAUUUACCCUCCCUUAAUUACCAUUGCCUACAGUGACAUUGAUGUCAAAGAUCCCAACAGCCAGUCUGUGAAGGUUUCUUUCUCAGUAACAUAUGAAAUGGAUCAAGGAGAAGCACAUGUCCAGACAGAUAUUGCUUUAGGUGUGUUGGGUGGACUAGCUGUUCUAUCAUCUCUUUUGAAGACAGCAGGUUGGAAGAGACGCAUUGGGAGUCCCAUGAUUGAUUUACAGACAGUUACGAAAUUCUUGGUUUACUAUGCUGGUGAUCUGGCCAAUGUUUUCUUUAUCAUCACUGUAGGAACAGGUCUUUACUGGCUUAUUUUCUUUAAAGCGCAGAAAUCUGUCUCUGUUUUGCUACCAGUGCCAGCUCAAGAAAAACGUUUUGUUACUUAUGUGGGAUGUGGUUUUGCUCUGAAGGCUCUGCAAUUUUUGCAUAAGCUCAUCUCCCAGAUUACCAUAGACAUAUUCUUUAUUGAUUGGGAGAGGCCUAAAGGAAAGGUUCUUAAAGCUGUUGAAGGUGAGGGUGGUGUUCGGAGUGCUCCUGUUCCUGUAAGCAUAUGGAGAACUUAUUUUGUGGCAAAUGAAUGGAACGAAAUUCAGACUGUGAGAAAAAUUAACUCACUCUUUCAAGUACUUACUGUCCUCUUCCUUUUGGAGGUUGUGGGAUUCAAGAACUUAGCAUUAAUGGACUCAUCCUCUAGUCUUUCCAGAAGCCCACCUAGCUACAUAGCUCCUUACAGCCGCAUUUUGAGAUAUGCUGUGUCUUCUGCUCUUUGGCUGGUCAUUGGAAUUAUACAGAUUGUGUUCUUUGCUGUCUUCUAUGAGAGAUUUAUAGAAGAUAAAAUUCGACAGUUUGUUGAUUUGUGCUGUAUGAGUAAUAUAUCAGUGUUUCUGUUAUCCCACAGAUGUUUUGGCUACUACAUUCAUGGUAGAUCAGUACAUGGGCAUGCUGAUACUAAUAUGGAAGAAAUGAAUAUGAAUCUUAAAAGAGAAGCGGAAAAUUUGUGUAGCCAAAGAGGUUUGGUACCUAAUACGGAUGGUCAGACUUUUCAGAUUGCAAUUUCUAGUCAGAUGAGGCAACACUAUGACAGAAUUCAUGAGACACUAACACGGAAAAAUGGCCCUGCUAGACUAUUGAGUUCAUCAGGAAGUACUUUUGAGCAGAGUGUAAAAGCAUAUCAUACUAUGAAUAAAUUUCUUGGCUCUUUCAUCGAUCAUGUUCAUAAGGAAAUGGACUACUUUAUAAAAGAUAAAUUGCUUCUUGAAAGAAUUCUUGGAAUGGAAUUCAUGGAACCAAUGGAAAAAAGCAUCUUUUACAAUGAUGAAGGAUAUUCUUUCAGCAGUGUUCUGUAUUAUGGAAAUGAAGCUACCCUUCUUAUUUAUGAUCUGAUGUUCUUCUGUGUUGUGGAUUUGGCUUGCCAAAAUUUUAUUUUAGCAGCCUUCCUUACAUACCUACAACAAGAGAUUUUUAGAUUUAUUCGUAAUGCAGUAGGACAGAAGAAUUUGGCAUCCAAAACACUGGUGGAUCAGAGAUUCCUGAUUUAA